UAGAGUGAAAGAGACAAACUUUUGCAACAUGAACGCUUUUUUCCUGAUCUGUGGAGUUUUCCACUGUUUGGGCUUUGUAUGUUCUGAGAGCUGUGUACAGGUGCAGGACUAUGUUUGCAAAGAAUUUCCAACAGGCUAUCCUCCUGGCUUGUCCUCUCUGGUGUUUUUGGUGAGAAACGUUGGCGAGAUCAACUCGACUGUCUUUAAUAGUACUAAUUUAUCCUCAGCCACCAGUCUCACUAUGACACAAUGUGGAAUUACAGCUAUAGCACCAGGGGCAUUUGCCCAGUUCCAAAAUCUCAAGAUGCUCAACUUACACAAUAAUGAUCUCUCCCAAAUAACCUCAGACUGGUUUAUCCACAAAGAUGUACUAGAGAGCCUCAUUUUGACAAAUAAUGGCAUUACGGUUUUGAAUGAGAAUUCCUUUGCUGGCCUUGUGGGACUCUUAAUCCUGAAUGUGUCCCAGAACCGAAUUCACACGAUUACAUUAAAUAGCUUUUGCUUCCUGACAAGGUUGAGACAUCUGGACUUGUCCUAUAAUAAACUAAGACUUUUGAGUGUGGACACCCUUAUGCCAUUAAACAAAACUAUAAUCCUGUUGAAUGAAAACCCCUGGGACUGUUCCUGUGGUGUGGACGAGUUUUCUCUCUAUCUAAGAGGUACGUGUUACUGA